GGUCGACUUGUUUGUUGGACUCGUUGGAAUAGUUUAUUUCCAGAGCUGUCCGCCGCCGUGCCCUUCGCCUGUUAGAUCACACGGCUGCGCCAUUUGGUUCCGCACACCCUCGGCUUGUUGAUUUCUAUCCCCAAGACUCACACUUCAAGCCUAUUUCAUGGGCAUGAGACAUAUUGUAUAUUUCAGUGGGCAGUGUCGACGGUCAGCGAGGGAGGAGGACGGGGCUCGCCGCGGAAUGCGUGGCUAUCAAAGUUUGGAUAACGGAGCAUAAGUUGAACUGUGCGUUUCGUGUUGUCUAGUCCUCCUGUCUGCUCCUCUGUCGUCCUCCUGCAUGUUUUCCACCAGGACACAGAGCUGAACCUAGCGGGGAGAGGUUGUUGUCGUAGCCAGCAGGCUGAAAGGGGAGAGAUUAAAUCAUGUUGCAAGCUAACGCUAGCUACCAUUGCCUUGGCUAACGCUCCAGUAGCGAGCUGCAGCUAGUCGCUGGAGACAACAACACUACACACUACAAUAAGAAAACGCCGUCUGAACACGGCUACUGGAACACAACAACACAACACAACAACACGCCAGCCUCUACAGCCCAGAACCUCCACAUAGCCUGCGGAUGGCUGAAUAACCAAAGCUACCGGUCCAAGUGUCGUGUGUUUCCAAGUGCGACGCCUCUCCCAUAGCUUUCUGACAGAAUCGCGAAUUCGUGCAGAAAAAAGGGGCGUUCCCUGCCGCCAAGUGUCAAAGCAGCAGCCCUGCCCUGCCCGGUCGUGUAGCGUUACGGCGGCCAGCGGGCUGUAUUAUGUAACUUAAACACUAACUUGGUGUUUUCGUGUGGCGCGUAGACCGUUUUUCAACACUGCACUCCGUCUUUAUUUCGGAAUAUUUAACCCGCAAUGGACUUAAUUACUUAUUUUCUACGUGAGAUCUUAAAAAGUUGCUCACAAAAAGGGUAAAGACGACCGUGCUGCCAUUCUGACCGACUGUCUUGCCUUUGGAGGUUUUUCUUUUUUCCAACACCCUGAAAAGGGCGCUAGCAGGCAGCAUGGAUAUCCAUCGAGUGUGACAAGAACCCGUGAUUAUUCUGAACCAUCGGUCUGGAUAGGACCAUGUCACCAGGAGUCUUUAUCAAACUUGGUAGACGGACGAUGGCCUAACCAGCGCACUGGAGCGCUGUCUCUUACCCCAGAAGUUAACAUUCGUCACUCAAGAAUUCACAUUUUAAUCAAAGUUUAAAAUGGGGCUGACCAUGUUUUUGUGGCUGGAUUACAUUUGACUACGGUUCAUCUCGUUUUUUGUGAGCGCUCCUUCGGGAAGAUCUUACUAAUUUUCAAAAGUUUUUUUUAUCAUGAAGAUCAAGAGAUGGAUCAGGGUGGACUGAGGCGUAGCGGUAAUCGAGACGACGGAUUGACAUUCAGGCCGACGGGCGAGUUCGACGGAGGCGGAGGAAUAGGAGGUGGAGCAGGAGGAGGAAGAGGAGCAGGAGGAGGAAGAGGAGUACAGCUUCACUCCGCCAUGCACCUGCCUGCGCCCAGGGAGGCUCCUAACGGAAACGGCCCGGGUGGACGCAUCGUGGUGGGGGAGGGCAAAGCCCUGGGAGUACAGAAACAGCAGCAGCAGGGGCCGCUUCAACAGGAGCAGCACCAUAUCGAUGUGUUCAACAUGGAGGGGAACCUGUCUUUCCUGGAGCAGAGUAUCGCCGACCUGGACAGGAUGUCUGCCUCACACGUCAUCAGCACGUCCAGCAGCUCCAUCCUGGGCAACCUCCCACUGCCUAACCUUUUCUCCAUGCAGCACGUCAAACAGGAAGUGGAUUUCGGCCUGGAGAAAGACCUGGCCACUUACUGCGGACCCCUGGGACAAAUGGGACUCGGCAGCCGAUUGGAUAGCGGCGACGGAAGUCCCCUGAUUGAGGACAGCCAGAUCUGGAACGACCUGGAGCUGACCAGCUCCCUGCCGGACAUCAGCGAUUUUGAGUUGGAGGGCGAGGUGGCGCACCUGGAUAACGUGCUGCACGAGGGCAGCGAUGGUGGGGGCGGGGGUGGGGGCGGCGGCAGCGGCGUAGCAGAGCUGGGUGCUGCGGUGAAUGGCGCAGGGCAGCAACGCCACCAGCACCCCCAUCCGUUUCCCCCGCCGAACGGUGGUCAGAGCCAGCACCCACCCUCGUUGCAACGGGGCCGGCAUCAGCCACAGCAGCAGCAGGCCCCGCCGCCCCCCAUGAUCCCCAGCAUGGUGAUCAAAGAGGAGAAGGACGUUGGCGAGGAGGACUCGUUUGUCCGCCUCUGCACCCCAGGCGUGGUCAAACAGGAGAAGGUGGAGGCUGGCGAGCGCUGCCAGGUCUCCUGUCUCCAGAGCAGGCUGGGCCCUCUGCAGGGAGCAGGGGGGGUCACCACCAACACCAGCGCCGCCAGCACAGCGAGAGGAGGAGCAAGAGCGCCCGCUUUCGAUUACAGCGAGGCUGGCGCCACCUCCAGCAGUGCAGGGGUGCUGCAGGACCAGAAGCCCUUCGAUAUGUACGCCGACCUGCCCCUGAUGGGGGCCGGCUGGGGCAGGGGAAAUGGGUACGGGGAGAUGUCGUCCGUGAUGGGGAGGUGCAGCGCUGCAGGCUUGGCUUUCCCCCUCGGUUUCCCAAGCUCGUCCUCCAGAAUAACAGAGGGAGGAGGUCCGGUGAAGCCAGCGGGCGCGGCCCACAAGACGUGCCUGGUGUGCUCAGACGAGGCCUCUGGCUGCCACUAUGGCGUGGUCACCUGCGGCAGCUGCAAGGUGUUCUUCAAGAGGGCCGUGGAAGGAUGGAGGGCGAGACAAAACACAGAUGGGCAACACAACUAUCUGUGUGCGGGCAGGAACGACUGCAUCAUCGACAAGAUCCGCAGGAAGAACUGUCCGGCUUGCCGCUUCCGAAAAUGCCUUCAAGCUGGGAUGAAUCUGGAAGCGAGGAAGAACAAGAAGCUGAUCAAGAUGAAGGUGCAGCAGACGUCGACCGCUCUGCCGGCGGCGGGGGACGUGCUGUCCGGUGGCGGCGGCGGCGCCGGGCUGCCCAACGGGGGGCUGAACAUGGCCCUGGUGCCCAGCUCCAUGCCCCAGCUGGUGCCCACCAUGCUGUCCCUGCUCAAGGCCAUCGAGCCCGAGGUGGUCUACUCCGGCUACGACAACACGCUUCCCGACACGUCCACGCGCCUCAUGACCACGCUCAACAGGCUGGGAGGGCAGCAGGUCAUCUCUGCCGUCAAGUGGGCCAAGUCUCUGCCUGGCUUCCGUAACCUCCACCUGGACGACCAGAUGACGCUGCUGCAGUGCUCGUGGCUCUUCCUCAUGUCUUUCAGCCUCGGUUGGAGAUCCUAUGAGCAGUGCAACGGCAACAUGCUCUGCUUCGCGCCCGACCUCGUCAUCAACGAAGAGAGGAUGAAGCUGCCCUUUAUGAAUGACCAGUGUGAGCAGAUGCUGAAGAUCUCCAACGAGUUUGUUAGACUCCAGGUUUCCUACGACGAGUACCUGUGCAUGAAGGUCCUACUGCUGCUCAGCACCGUACCAAAGGAUGGCCUGAAGAGCCAGCCUGUGUUUGAUGAGAUCCGGAUGACCUACAUCAAGGAGCUGGGCAAGGCCAUUGUCAAGAGAGAAGAGAACUCGAGCCAGAACUGGCAGCGCUUCUACCAGCUCACCAAGCUCCUGGACUCCAUGCAGGAGAUGGUGGAGGGCCUGCUGCAGAUCUGCUUCUACACCUUCGUCAACAAGUCCCUGAGCGUGGAGUUCCCCGAGAUGCUGGCCGAGAUCAUCACCAACCAGAUACCAAAAAUCAAAGACGGCACCGUCAAGCCCCUGCUCUUUCACCACAAAUAGAACCGCCUUCGACUGUGAAACUAUGCCUUAACCCCCUUAACCCCCGCUCAGACGCACACACACACACACACACACCCACCCACACCCACAGAGACUCACACA